UUUUAAAAUAAUUAAAAUGAUUAAAAAUUAUUUUUUAAUUUUUGUUGUAUUAACAUCGUUAACAGCUAUUACGACAAUUGAAAACUUAGAUAAUACAUUGAAUGAUCCCGGCUGUCCAUCUGAAUGGGUAUAUCACUCAAAUGGUAAGUGUUAUAAAUCUUUUGCAAAUCUCGGGAAUGUCAGUAAAUUGGAUGCGGAAGCCCUGUGCCUGAAGGAAGACCCGUUGGCCACUUUGAUUAUUAUACACAAUAAAGAAAUACAAGAUUUUGUCUACAAAAAUGUUUUCACCGUCAAUUCGGGAAUGGCAUGGAUUGGUCUCGAGUAUACCGGCACUAAAUUUGAGUGGACAGAUAACUCCCUAAUGGACUACCAUCACUGGGAUGACAGGGCCAUCAUUGACGGCAAUGUCAAAUGUGUGGCCAUGGAAUUGACCAACGAAUCAGGCGGUGUAUGGAAUACUACUGAUUGCAGUCAAAAGUCAGCACUAGUAGGUUGCGAGACAACACCACUGUCCCUUAGAGACGUAUUGGCAAGAGUUAUCAAAUUAGUAAAGUUGGUUAAUAAACAACAAAAUACUAUCGCUGAUCUCCAGAAAACAUGUUGUAAAUCAACAAAAUUUAAUGAUUUGUUUUAAUUAUUAAAUAUUAGUUAAUUAAAAAAAGUUAAU